CAACCACACUCUCUUCCCAGAACCAGAAAUAGAAAUAGAAACAGAAACAGAAAAAUAAUAAUGUGGCAACAAGCUCUGGUCUGCAACUGCAACUGCAACUACUUCAGCUCAUCAUCAAAACCUUCUUCACUUCCAGUUCCACUACUAUUAUUAUGUCAGUCUCAUUCCCAAAUAUUGGCCAAACCACCAAGGAGGAGUUUGAACACAACGCCACUCAUCGUCUCCAAUGAUGAUUAUGUUGUUAGGACCAGUACUGUGUGCCACGCGUCACGCCGCAAGACUAACGUUACUGCCACGUCAUCCUCCGAAGACGACAAUCUAAGGCGCGUGCUGCAAUUCCUUCUGUGGGUUGCUGAGGGAGUUUACAUUCUCUACCUCUUCUUGCUCCCUUACGCCCCGGGAGAUCCUGUAUGGGCCAUCAGUUCAGACACAAUAAACUCUCUUGUUGGACUUUCUCUCAAUUUCUUCUUUAUCUUGCCUCUUAUGAACUCUGUUGGCAUUCGUCUAAUUGAUGCCCCAGUUCUUCAUCCGAUAUCUGAAGGAUUAUUCAAUUUUGUCAUUGGGUGGACGUUCAUGUUUGCUCCUUUGCUUUUCACGGAUCGUAAGAGGGACAGAUACAAGGGGUCUCUGGAUGUCCUAUGGGGCCUGCAGAUGUUCCUCACAAACACAUUCUUAAUACCUUACAUGGCUAUCCGGCUGAAUGAGGCAGAUUCAGACUACCCUCCAAGAGAGCGCUCACAACUUGGAUCUGUGAUGACCAACGGUGCACCCAUUGUUGGACUAAUUGGUGGGGCCAUGUGUCUCAUAUCUGGAUUGUGGGCACUUUUUGGUAGAAUGGAUGGAAAUUUUGGGAGCAUAGGAGAGAGAUGGAACUUCUUGAUCAGCUAUCUAGGAUCUGAGAGGCUGGCUUAUGCGUUCAUUUGGGAUAUAUGCUUUUACAUAAUUUUCCAGCCUUGGUUGAUAGGUGACAACCUUCAAAAUGUUCAGAAAAGCAAGGCUGAGAUAGUAAACUAUCUUAGAUUUGUCCCUGUGGUUGGCUUAAUAGCUUACCUUCUCUGUUUGAAUGUUGAUGAUGAACUGUAGCUAAUGUAAAUAUUGAAUCAGUCUGAAUAUCAGUGAGCUAUAUCACAGAUCGAUUAAAUUUUGUUGACACGUGAAAAACAGUAGAGCUACUCUGUGAAAUAACGAAACUGUUUCGGCCUGAUUUGAUUCAUCAGUCGAUUCCUCGACUGAGAUAUGUAUAUUUACAAUACAAUUGAUUAUGAUUGAGCUUGGAAAUGAGAUGGGAUGAGCCUCACAUUUGCGUGGCCUCUUUAACCA